AUGGAAUCAUCGUUGCAAGCACAGGCGAGUGCGUUCUGUAGCGCAUAUAUCGAACAGACUGCGACUCAAAUUGUUACUGUAUACCCGACAACAACCGCAGGGACCGCCACAAUCACUGACACAAUAACCGUCGAUAUCACUGUUACCGACACUUCAAACAUCAUAGAUACGGUCACCACGUGGUACUCCAGCACGGACAUUGCCCCAGUCACUCUUACGAGCGUGGUUGAGGAUGUUGUCCAAACUACCGAGUUCAUCACAACAACAGACGCCACAGCAAUUAGUACUGCCAUUGAUGCGGUGACAACGACUGUAACCGAUACUACACUAACCAGCACUGUGGUAAGCACCGAUGAUAUCACUACGACAGACACCACAGUUUAUGCAACGCAAACCGCGACAUUGAGUAUGACAAUUACGGAUUCUACCGUGAUCAACACGGUAACCAGUGUUCAAACUGCCACGGUCACUCUUGCCCAAAGAUCCGUCGAGAUCGAGACGGUGGAUGAUCAAGAAGAAGAAGAAGAGUUCGAUGACUGUGGAGAACCAGAGCCGGAAUGCACUUCCUCCGAGUGUCUAUUUAGCAGCUGGCUGGCCGAAGUCAGCACAAUCGCAACUAGCGACCUUAGCAGUGCUUGCUCCUGUCUGGUUGUACCUGCUACCACCACGACAACCAUCGUAACGACUGCUUCUCAGAGCACAGCGGUAUGCCUUGCUUUGCCACCUUUUCCCUUCCCAUUUCCCAGUAUGAGCAAAUCAACUGAUCAUUACAAGCAGCCUUCCAUAUUUGUAACUGCCACAAGUCGCGUCACAGCCUAUCAGACCCAAGUCAGCAGCCGUCACGUUAUUGUGUCUGCAUCUACAAUUAUUGACGAGACUUCAUCCAUCCCCCUUUUUGUCACCCGGACUCGAACAACACCAACCACCAAAUAUGUUUAUGCCACUGCCUCCUCAUAUGCUACAGUAACUCGUAUUGCCACCAACGAUCAAACGGCCAGCACCAGAGUUACGUCCGUUGAGUCUGUAACUAUUGACGAGACUGCCUCUGCGACAACUACCAUAACUGCCACUGCUACCAUCCUCGAAACGGCUUCCAGCACUGUUUCAAUAACAGAGACCACCACAGCAACCAUUACUCCCACGGCUUGUGCCCAACUGUCAAGUCCUUAUUAUGAUUCUGCUUAUGGCGUGGAAGUUUAUAUUGACUGCAACUAUGAAUAUUCCUAUAGUUCCAGCAAAAUUGUCGGUUUGGACCUCUAUGUCACCUUCAUAGAGUGUGUGAACGCAUGUGCAGCAAAGUCUACAUGCAAUUAUUUGGAGUAUGACAGGUCUUCUUCCGAAUGUUUCCUACUCAGUGGAGUCAUUAGUGGUCAAGCCGAAAGUGGCAUAGACACGGCAGUCGUGAGCAGAUGA